AUGGAGGUGGAGGAGGAGGGAAGACGCUCUCCACACAAUCGUGGGGAAGCGUGUGUUCGCGAUCUCGAACAUGAGCGGGACAGGCGUCUCCAACUGGCGGACACUGUCUCGAAGCAUCGAGCUGAGUUUGCCUAUGCUCAGCUUGGGAACGAGAGAGCUCUGAGGUAUCUUCGUGACGAGCUAAGGGUAGCUCGUGGGAUUGUUGAUCGGUCUCGGGCUGAGAUAACUGCUCUUCAGACCCUUGUUGAUAUCCACCAUCGGGAGCACAAGGCUCUCUGCGAGAUGCUUACGCGCAAGGGUGUUCUUCAUCGGAAGAAACAGCGUACUGAUGGUACGGCUUAA